UGCUCAUAUUGGUGGUGGUGAGUCUGCUGCUGAGACCACCACCCCGUUGAGACCCGUGGCGUGGCGUGCCCCGUUUUGCCAUACAUAUCACUGUGACCAGGGCUGUGAUUUCCAAAGCUGCUGCUUGCUUGCGUCACUCACACUGCUUCUCGCAGCUGCUGCUGAUUCUCCCCCGGGUUUGUCCACUCCCGCUGUCCGCCUCGAUAUUACCGAUCCCUGGGUUCGUUCGGAAUCCGAGUGGCAGAGGGGUACCUCCCUCCCGGUGCGAUCACGGCUGGUCCUCGGUGCCAGCCGCUGUCUGUCGUCCCUCCCUCGCCGGCAUCAUCCCCAUUGACCUACUCGUCAGAUGUAUCGGUAGUCGCUGGAUGCGUGCGAUGUCGCUGUGUGGCUCCGCCGCCAAGGCUGUGAGGCCUUGCACCCGAGGAGAUCCGACUCUCGAGAGGCUGAGUUGUUUGUGAGUCAACAGGGGAAGCGGCAGCGCUGAGGAUCGCUCUGCGUUUUAGUGGGAGAUUAGGCCCUGUACUCGAGUCGAACACGACCAAUUGCCGAAGUAGACCCUUCACUCGAAUCGAGCACCAGGGUCGGUGCAGCAGCGGGGAUACGAGGGGACCCGUGCAGAGUAAUUGGCGGGGAAUUGAGGGGGUUUGUAACGUUUCGCAGGGACUAGAGGGGGUUCGUAAGGAUUCGCGAAGGUUAGAGGGGGUGGUAGGGCGCGGCGCCAUGGACGACCGGAGCAAGGGGCUGGUGCUGGCGAUCGCGUCGAGCGUGUUCAUCGGCGGCAGCUUCAUCGUCAAGAAGAAGGCCCUCCGCAUGUCCGCCGUCUCCGGCAUCAGAGCCGGCAUGGGCGGCCAUUCGUACCUCAAGGAGCCGCUGUGGUGGGUCGGCAUGAUCUCCAUGGUGUUGGGGGAGUUUGCCAACUUCGCGGCGUAUGCCUUCGCCCCGGCCAUUCUGGUGACCCCGCUUGGUGCUCUCAGCAUCAUCGUCAGCAUCAUCGUCAGUGCCAUCCUAGCGCACCUGCUGCUGGACGAGAAGCUGCACGUGUUUGGGUGGCUGGGCGCGACGCUGUGCGUGGUGGGGUCCAUCGCUAUCGUGCUGCACUCGCCUCAGGAGAAGGAUAUCGAGAACGUCAAGCAGCUCUGGGCUCUGGCGACUGAACCAGCCUUCGUGACGUAUUCAGCCACGGCUCUGGCGCUCAGUGUGUUCCUCAUCACAGUCUUAGUGCCCCGCUACGGCACCACCAACGUGCUCGUCUACAUCGCCAUCUGCUCCCUGCUCGGAUCAAUAUCGGUGGCAAGCUGCAAGGCCCUAGGGAUUGCCGUGAAGCUGACGCUGUACGGCGACAACCAGCUGCUGUACCCCGAAACCACUUUCUUCGCCAUUGUGCUCGCUGCCUGCGCCGUCACGCAGAUCAACUACCUCAACAAGUCGCUGGACACCUUCAACACGGCGGUGGUCACGCCCAUCUACUAUGUGAUGUUCACCACGCUCACCAUAGUGGCGUCGGUGAUAAUGUACAAGGACUGGGCGGGGCAGACGGGCGAGCAGGUGCUCAUGGAGACGUGCGGCUUCCUCACCAUCCUCAUCGGCACGUACCUUCUGCACGCCACGAAAGACUUUGGGGGCGACCCCAGCAAACUGCACCUCUUCGACCCCUCAGCGCGAGCCACGCCUCCCAAGAACUCAACACCUCUCAAGGGCCACAUAGGACUGGGCACGAUGCCAUCAGGGGGCUCCAAGGAUGACAAGGAGGACCUCGAUCCCGAAGCCAAGCCGCUGCUGUGAUGCUGGGAUUGGCCGAUCUACAGUGUACACUGAUUGGUGAUAUGCGCUGUGCGGUAAACCGGUACGACGAUUAUGACACGCUUCUUUCUCAUGGUAAAGCCAUGCUCUUAUUGGGACUUGCAGUGUUGCGAACUAAAGCCACCAAUCAGAAUGGUUCUACCUACCUACCCCAGAAUGAUAAACUACAGCAGCAUCAGCACAGCAUCUAUGCUAGCAACUCCUGACAAUAUGUAUUGAUGGACUGCAACUACAGACAAGCCAGA